AUGUCUUACCACCAGCAGCAGUGCAAGCAGCCGUGCCAGCCUCCUCCUGUGUGCCUACCCUCGAAGUGCCCUGAGCCUUGUCCUCCUCCAAAGUGCCCUGAGCCUUGUCCUCCUCCAAAGUGCCCUGAGCCUUGUCCUCCUCCACCAUGGCAGCCAAAAUGCCCUCCGGUGCAAUCUCCACCAUGCCAGCAGAAGUGUCCACCCAAGAAUAAGUGA